CGGUCUCUGGGAGAAGAGGACGGACAGCCUGAGCGGCGGUUGGAGCGCUGACUAUUCGGUUGAGAAGGAGCGUUAGGAAGUAGUUUACGCGUGAUUGUUGACGUUUAAAUGACGCCGUUUGCUUUGAAAGUGUACACACGUGUUUACAUUUUUAGUGUUUAUCUAAAAUAAACGCUAAAAUCUUUGUUUUUUUUCCCCCUCCGUCUGUUCACUAGAGUGAACUCGCACUGCUUUUAGUCGCGCGCGCGUGCGUGUGUGUAUAUGUGUGUGUAUGUGGAAGCGUUAGUGUUUCUGUUAACCUUAUAAAAAUAAUAAAAGCGUUGGAUUUGUACACUAAAGUGAAGAAUUCGGAUUAAAGCAGGACCAACCGAAAAGUUUUUCCAGCGGCUAUCAAAUCCGAAAGCUUCUCCUCGCCUGCCUUUUCGGCAUGUCUGGGGCAAUCACUCCAGACAGGUAACCGGGUGUGUUGCUGUUGCCAUGGCAACACGGCUGCAGCCGAUGUUGCGUCUCCUCCUUGGCGUGCUCCUGCUCUCCUCGACAACGGCACAAGACCACGAGUGGCAUUUUGACUCGGCUACGUGUCGUUAUGCACUGGGGAUGGAGGAUGGAACGAUCCCAGAUUCUGAUAUCUCAGCAUCCAGUGCCUGGUCUGACUCCACUGAGGCCAAACAUGGCAGGCUGAGUACAGGAGAGGGAGAUGGUGCAUGGUGUCCUUUAGGUUCGGUGUUCCCAGUUCCAUCAGAGUAUUUACAGGUGGACCUGCGCAAGCUGCACUUCCUGUCUCUGGUGGGCACUCAGGGUCGCCAUGCUGAUGGGCAUGGGCGGGAGUUUGCACGCAGCUACCGGCUCCAUUACUCCCGGGACGGCCGCCAGUGGAUUACCUGGAAGGACCGCUGGGGCCAGGAGGUGAUCUCGGGCAAUGAGAACACAUAUGACGUGGUUCUAAAGGACCUGGGUCCUCCAAUCAUAGCACGAAUGGUCCGGUUCUACCCUUUGGCCGACCGCAUGAUGAGUGUGUGUCUGAGGGUGGAGCUCUAUGGCUGCUUGUGGAGUGAUGGACUGAAGGCCUAUACUGCACCAAUGGGUCACAUUAUGUACCUUUCCGGCUCCCCUGUUUAUCUCAAUGACUCCAUCUAUGACGGCAGCGUGGAAUCAGGGGUGUUGUUUGGAGGUUUGGGUCAGCUAUGUGAUGGGGUGUUAGGAGGGGAUGACUUUGCGGAAAGUAAGGAGCUACGGGUUUGGCCGGGUUACGACUAUGUUGGCUGGAGCCGUGAAGCGCUGGGCAAACCCACCGUCGACAUAGAGUUCCACUUUGAGAAACCACGCCUCUUUCACACCAUGCAGGUGCACAGCAAUAACAGGCACACACAGGGCGUGCGUGUGUUCUCCGAGGUGUUGUGCGAGUUUAAGGCGAGCUUGCUGAGCCCAUGGAGUGAGCCGGCUCUGAGUGUGCACGUGCCCCUGAGUGACCUGCGUGACCCCUCCUCACGCACAGUCACGCUGCCUCUGGGUGGCCGGCCUGCGCACAUCCUCCGCUGCCACUUCACCUUCUCUGACCGCUGGCUGCUUAUCAGCGAGAUCAGCUUUUACUCUGAGCCGUUUGAUAGUGGCUUACCAUUACCAUCUGUAGCGACCCCUCCUCCCUCCCUCACUCCUCGCUCUCCUCUCCUCACCUCGCCCUCUCUGACCUCUUCCAUCUUUCCCAGCACUACCAACUCCAGCAGGCGCCAAAUGGGUGAUGCUGGUGAUGAAUUUGCUGCUAUCACCCCAAGGGCAGGACUACCUGUUGCUAAGGAUGACAGCAGCAACACUGCUAUCCUGAUUGGCUGCCUAGUGGGCAUAAUACUGCUGCUAUUGGCUGUCAUAGUUGGUAUUUUAUGGAGGCAGUACUGGAAGAAGCUGCUCGGCAAGGCCCAGGGCAGCCUCUCCAGCGACGAGCUGCGAGUUCACCUCUCAGUUCCUUCGGAGAAUGUGGUGAUCAAUAACACAAACACACACACAUACUCCAGUCGUUACCAACGCAUACACACUUUCCCUGAUGAGACGGACAGAGAUGGAGAGUACCAGGAGCCCAGCACUGUGGUACGCCCUCGAGAGCAGCGUGACAGCACAGCCUUGCUGUUAAACAACCCAGCCUAUCACCUUCUUCUGUCUGACCUGAGACAUGGCCCCAACAGGCUGCCAAACUGCUCCAGAGAGUCUGUUAAACCCCAAAACCUGCCCCAGGCAUGCAGUUUAGAUAUGGACGAUAAAGCCCUGCCUGUUCAGGAAGGCCCGCCCCCAUACCCUGGAGCCCCGCCUCCACUCCUGGGGGCUCAUUAUGCAGAAGCCACAGGGGGUGGGCCCAGUGUGCCUCAUUAUGCAGAAGCAGACAUCAUCAGCCUGCAGGGUGUAAGUGGGAACAACACGUACGCGGUUCCUGCCCUCUCGGCCUCACCCACGGAGUGCCCGCCCCUUCCUGAGCUGCAGCGGGAACGGCUCCUCUUCAAAGAGAAGCUUGGAGAAGGACAGUUUGGAGAGGUUCAUUUGUGUGAGAUUGAAAACCCUCAGGACCUCCCAAAUCUUGAGUUCCCUUUCAAUGUGAGGAAAGGACGCCCUCUGUUGGUAGCUGUAAAGAUUCUGCGGCCUGAUGCCUCGAAAAACGCCAGGAACGACUUCCUCAAAGAGGUGAAGAUCUUGUCUCGUCUGAAAGAUCCUAACAUAAUCCGGUUGCUGGGUGUGUGUGUGAGCAGUGACCCUCUGUGCAUGGUUACUGAAUACAUGGAGAGCGGUGAUCUUAACCAGUACCUCUCCCAGCGAGUGUUACUGGACAAGACCGGGCCACUGCACAACAUGCCAACCAUCAGCUACCCUGCGCUAAUUUCCAUGGCGAGUCAGAUCGCAUCUGGGAUGAAGUUCCUGGCAUCGCUUAACUUUGUGCACCGAGACUUGGCCACGCGCAACUGCCUGGUUGGGGGAGAGCGGGGGGAAGGAGACGACAGAACGGGCGAGAGGCACAUUAAGAUCGCCGACUUUGGCAUGAGCCGAAACCUGUAUGCCGGAGAUUACUACAGGAUCCAGGGGAGGGCUGUGCUUCCUAUUCGAUGGAUGGCCUGGGAGUGUAUUCUCAUGGGUAAGUUCACUACAGCCAGUGAUGUGUGGGCAUUUGGGGUGACUCUGUGGGAAAUGCUGAGUGUGUGUCAGGAGCAGCCCUAUGGUCACAUGACUGAUGAACAGGUCAUCGACAAUGCGGGGGAGUUCUUUAGAGACCAAGGAAGACAGGUAUAUCUGAAUCGGCCGGCAGUGUGUCCCCAGGGCCUGUACGAGCUGAUGCUGAGCUGCUGGAACAGAGACUGUAAACUCAGGCCCUCUUUCACACAGAUUCACUCUUUCCUCACCGAGGAUGCCAUGAACAUGGUGUAAAGAGAUGGAUGCAUGAGACAAGCGAACCUCUCCUUCACGCAGACAAGAGGUGUUUGUGUAGCCUGCACAAGCUGGUGAAGGUGAUAGUUGGUGUAGAAGUAGGCGGAGCUAAGCACUCUUAUGUAAAUUUGCAUAAUUUACCUUUGGCAGGUCGGGGCUGAGAGAUGCUGCUGGUUCGGUUCUCGUGCUUGACCUGCUUCAGGCCUAGAACCCUAAUCCCUACACCCUAAACCUAAUGUUAGUUAAUCUGUAGUCCUGAAACUAAUCACGAAUCUGCAGUUCAUCUUAAAUCUCUCACUGAUAACCAUUUUACACUAAAAGGUGGAGGGCUUUUCUAUUGCUGAAAACUAUAUAGACUGUGAAUGAAAUAGUUUCUAUUAUUACACGCAUAACCUUUGUGAUCCCAGCAAAUAAAAUGUACUUAAACAUAGCACAACAAAGAAUCAAAUAAAAAAGCAGUAUGCAUAGAAACAUUUAUAGCAGAGGUAACUGGUAGUUAGGAGUGAAUUCUGUCUAAUCUCAGUAUUCACACUGGGUAUGAGGGUUCUUCAUUCCGAUCUUGAGCCUUUUUGCUGGGUUCAGUGGUUGAUGUGUAAUUGCUAAAUUUGAAACACAAGGCUACAGCACUUCUCUCUGAAUAACUCAAUAAGCAGUAUACAUACUUAAGACUGGUUGAGGGAUUUUCUGUUUUAGUAUAAUUACAUGCUUAUUUUUGGUGUUAUUUUCACAUAAUAAAAUCAAAGACAUGGUGCUCCAUAACCAUUUUGACACAUUCUCCAAACUUGCAGCCUCCUCAACAAUUUUAGCCUUUCAUUACCAAUUAACGUCUGUUAUGAAUUACUGAGCAACUGAAUAAUUAUGUAAACUUGAAAAAUAAGUAACAUUGUCCAGUGUUGCCAAGUUAAUCAAGUGACAAGUCUUCAUUGAAUUAACAUAAAUAAUAUAAAGUGCUGUAACCGUAUAGAAUACAGUGCUGGAUGGGGCUCCUCCCAAUGACUGUAUAUCCGAUGGACAACAAAAUCUCUCUGAUACACUCGAGCGGCUGGCCGUGAUUUUGAACCCCACCCACAUCCUUAUAGGUAGUGAUGAUAUGUUUGGAAGCUUCAUAGCAUGUGUCGAGAAGGUCAGGUCAAGGUCGAGGUCUGUAUCGAUGUUUGUGUAAUGAUGGCAUCGAUGAUGACGCAAGGAUUGCUUCAAAAUGGCUCUAGUUGGCAGGUUGUUUCGAUUAAUCUGUAUUCUGAGCAUGUACAAGCACAAUUACAUCUCAAAGCCUCAUUGAGAAACCCUGUCACUGGUCAGUUGAAGCACACUAAUCUUUUAGAUUUUACAGACAUCAUUAUAUCAAUUACCUAUAAAAGCAACAAAACUGUGGCACCACUAAUAGCAUUAUAAGCUCUAACAACAUACAGAAGGAUAUCUCUAUCCACAUACGCUCCUGCCACUUUAAACACCUGUGCAUUCUUGAAAUUAUCCAAUCAGCCAAUCAUGUGGCAGCAUUGCAAUUCAUAAAAUCAUGCAGAUACAGGUCAAGAGAUUCAGUUAUUGUUCACAUCAACCAUUAAAAUGUGAUCACUGUGACUUUGACUCUAGCAUGGUUGUUGGUGCCAGAUGGGCUGGUUUGAGUGUUUCAUAAACUGCUGAUUUCCAGGGAUUUUUCAUGCACAGCAGUCUAUAGGGCUUACACAGAAUGUUACAAGAAACAAACAAACAAACAAAAAAAAACAUUAAUUGAGCAGCAGUUCUGUGGGUGGGAAUGGCUUGUUGAUGAGAGAGGUCAGACAAGAAUCGAGCUGACAGGAAGGCUACGUUAAUUCAAAUAACCAUUGUUUACAGCCAUGGUGAGCAGAAAGGCAUUUCAGAACACAUCAAAACUUCAGGUGGAUGGGCUUCGACAGCAAAAGACCACAGGAUUCCACUUCUAUCAGCUAAAAACAGGAAUCUGAGGCUGCAGUGGGCACAGACUCACCAAACUGGAAUAUUGAAAAACAGAAAACAGGCAGCAUUUGAUGUUAAUGUUUGAUGUGAACAUAUACUGAAGCUUUUGAGCUGUAGCUGCAUGGUUUUAUGGACUGGGCUGCUGCCACACAACUGGCUGAUUGGAUAUUUGCAUGUCCAGGCUUUCCUAAUAAAAGUGGACAGUGAGGGUGUAUUAUAUAUUUUAAAGCCUAGACUAUGAUAAAAAUGGAAAAGACUUUCCAGAAUCCCUUGUUUGACCUGGCUUACAUCUGCUGUUGAUUUUUUUUCUUGGCUUUAUUGGUCCAAAUUUUACACAGGCAGUGCUGUAUCUCAGACACUUUUACUGUGUUAUGCUUUUUGACCACUAGGAGGCUCUCAAGAAAUGACCAUUUUUCAACAGGGUUGGCUGGAAAGCUUCACCGCUUCAUGAAGCUUCGUCUUGCCAUGACUACACAAACUGAAAAGCCCAGGUUGCGCGUGUAGUCCUAAGAUUUCACUCGACAUUAGUCUCUAUCUCAAGAUGGUUUUUAAGGAGGAAUGUGUUUUAUAGAAGUUAUUGGAUGAUAUGUAUCUGACAUGCUAGAACUGAUAGAGAUAACAGCAGAGAGCUUGUCCAUCAUUUGACUGUUAAUAACUUUGAGCAUUGAUAUAGCAAAGCCUCAUCUAGUUGUGCAAUCACCUGUUCUUAAUGACCUUCAAGAGGAUGCUCAUUACAGUUUUUCAUGCUUACCAAAUUCAUUUUCCUAAAACACCUUGCAAAGAUGAGAAGUGUGACAUUUUCAAUAAUUGAAUCAAAUAAACAUCUUGUAAUAAGCUAAUAAAAAAUAAUAAGUAUUGGUAGUUUUACACACUGUGUUAAUAACUUGUUUCUCAGUUGUCCUUGAGAUUUUGAAUGGAGUUCUUACAUUGACUGUGGAUGGGCACCCGGUGAACACUCCUCCCCACCUCCUAACUCUGCUGCACAAACACAGACAACUGGGCAAUUUUCAAUUUAGCUAAAUAUUGGCUUCAAAACAACACAGUGGGAAUCAGUGGAACCUCGUUCUCCACCUUAUAUACAGUCAUUGAUUCCACCCUUCUCCACUGCACUACCGUUGACUGGUUAAUAAUAGGAAAUAACAUACUUCCCACUACUGCCAGUCACUGUGAAGGUCCAGUAACUUAGAUGUGAAUUCAGCAGGGACUUACUGUGACCUGUUCUCUGAAACCUUGCUAUGAAGUGCUUCAUACCGUCAAUAAAGAUAUCACAAACGAUUUCCAAGUCGAAUUUUGGAGGAAGAGUGAAGCGUAAAUAUGUUUAUCAGUAAGUGAAAGAUUUAUGACUGUUAUGCAGUGAUUGUUAUCCAACCCUACAAGAGGCUUUAUUUGCACUUUACUGUCAACUGUGAUGUCAGUUGUUACAAUCAGCGACAGCAGAGCCGUUACAAACCUUUUUGUUCGUUUUCAGUGUGAAUGAGUACAAAAAGUAGAUCAGAAUGCUGGUUUCAGUUUUUCCCCAUUUUUUAGAAUUCUCUUGUGGCACUUCAGCAGUGAAUUCUUUUUAUAUCCGACAGAUUUGUAGGUUGUGUAACCUACAGAUGUUUAUGCGUGUAUGAGUGGUGGGGUUUGAGGAUUAUAAAGCCACUAGCUUAACCCUACAUACUGUAACAUUCAGAAGGAAAGAAUGUGAUUCACAAAUGGUUAUGUUGCCAUGUCAAAUGUCCUUUAACCUUUUGAUACACUGUAAUCCUGAACUAAAACUUGUAUUUUUAUAAUUCAGAUUUCAGGCAGAGUUUUUCAGCUAUGCCUUGUGCUCCUGUUUCUUUAAUGUAAAGGGAUAUGAGGAUGUGUAAAUAGUCAAUGGGACAUAAUGUUGGUUACUGAUAUUUGGUAUCAUUGUUGUGAAUGGGUCUGAAUGGGUCUGUCUCUCUGAGCUUUGCUGACUGUGUUAAAUGUUGUUGGCUGUUGUCUAUUUUUUUGUAGUUUUAAUAAAGUAACCAUUUCAGACAAAAAAAAAGUACAAAUGCAGUUUAUACUUACAAAUAAACACUAUAGUUACUGAAUUUAGUUUAUUUUGAAAUAACUUGAACAAUCAUAUUGAUUUGCUUUCCUAUAUAUUGUCUUGUAUUCCACAAUACAGUGCUGACAUGACAUAAUUAGAAGAGUUUAGUAUGGGAUAGGAUAACAUAUAUAAAUAACAGAAAUGCAAUAAUUAUUUGACAGAAACACUACAAAGUGAGAGUGGCAGUAUUGCAAUAAAAGAGCAAAAUAGGUCUGGACAGAUGUGGUCUAAAAUGCAUGCAUGCUAUCCGGAUGUUAAAUUGAAUCAGUACGAGAAUGUGAAUAAAAUCUGUAUUUAGGCACUUGGUGGUAACUGAAGGCAGACACUGCAGAUGAAUCUGGCAUUAAUAGCUAGCAAAUUACACUUCAACUUAGACUAAAGAGAGAAAUUGUGUGUCCUUCACAUCUUUCUCUCUGUACUAACUAAAACUGUUUUUGAGGUUAAGGUCAAAUGAGUAAAAUUUCCCUCUCAGUACUUGACCUACAUUUAAAAGACUUCACUUAGAUGUGGCCAACUUUAACCCACUUCAUUUCUCUCCUCUGUUACAUUUCCUUCCACUGCUCUCUGCAAGGUUUCUGCAGAUCUCAUUCAGCUGCGUUCCUUUCCUAUCAUUAAGUGCAGGUUUUGGUCACUGAUAUUAUAAAUUUAAGAGUGAAACAUUCGCUACCUAGUGCACAGUGAACAGGAACAGUAGUGAACAAUGAAGCAGUAACAGUAAAAGAGGGCACUAUAAAGGCAGGAUGAGCAAUCACAUUGGUUUGAGCACGCCAUUCACACGUCAGGCUGUACAAAUCUCAAUACAUGUUUAACACAUUUCUAUUUCACUGAGGGCAAAGUAUAAAAAUCUCACAGCUGUGAUUUAAUUGUGAGCAGUGA